GGCAGAGCUUUUUAUCCCAUCUCCUAGUCGCCGGGCAGAGCAGGCUGCCCGCGCCAGAGACCGCGAGAUUGCUGAAAAACAAGUCCUGUUUAUUGUCCUUCUAUCAUCUUAUUCUUAAAUAUAAAUCAUGGGGGAUAAAAAUAAAACAAUUGAACAUGAAGAUUUGGAGCCAUCCACAGUAGUGAAUCACAAAGCUUCUACAUAUCAAGAAAUACAGGAGGAAACAGUUACAAACCUCAGAGGUAUAAAUGGAAAUGAAUCAACAGAAGGAGGUAACAUUUUGAAUAGCAGUGAAAGAAGCCUACCAGAAACACCAGCUGAAUCAAAUCAUUUGCAAAGACUAAAGCAAACAUUCUCUUGCCCUCCACAUGGCUUACUGGCUGAACUAAUAACAAAUGUUACCAUGGUGGUUCUUUUGUGGGCUGCAGUUUGGUCAAUUACUGGCAGCGAAUGCCUUCCUGGAGGAAACCUGUUUGGAAUCAUAAUCCUUUUCUAUUGUGCUGUCAUUGGAGGUAAACUUGUGGGGCUUAUUAAGUUACCUACAUUGCCUCCACUGCCUCCUCUUCUUGGCAUGCUGCUUGCUGGGUUUCUUAUAAGAAAUAUCCCUGUCAUCAGUGAGAAUGUGCAGAUCAAGCACAGGUGGUCUUCUGCUUUGAGAAGCUUAGCCCUGUCUAUUAUAUUGGUUCGUGCUGGCCUUGGACUGGAUUCAAAGGCCCUGAAGAAGUUGAAGGGUGUUUGUGUACGAUUAUCGAUGGGUCCUUGUCUUGUGGAGGCAUGCACGUCCGCUCUUCUUGCCCACUUCCUAAUAGGUUUACCAUGGCAAUGGGCAUUUAUACUGGGUUUCGUUUUAGGUGCCGUCUCUCCAGCAGUCGUGGUGCCUUCAAUGCUCCUUUUGCAGAAACAGGGUUAUGGUGUUGAAAAAGGUGUCCCAACCUUACUCAUGGCUGCUGGCAGCUUUGAUGACAUUCUGGCCAUCACUGGCUUCAACACAUGCCUGGGCAUGGCCUUUUCCACAGGCUCCACAGUUUUUAACGUCUUCAGAGGAGUUUUGGAGGUGGUAAUUGGUGUGGCAACUGGAUGUCUUCUUGGAUUUUUCAUUCAGUACUUUCCAAGCAGUGACCAGGGCAAACUUGUGUGGAAGAGAGCCUUCCUUGUUUUGGGGCUGUCUGUGCUAGCGGUGUUCAGCAGCGUGUACUUUGGUUUCCCUGGUUCAGGAGGACUGUGCACUCUGGUCAUGGCUUUCCUUGCAGGGCUGGGAUGGACCAGCCAAAAGGCAGAGGUUGAAAAAAUUAUUUCAGUUGCCUGGGACAUCUUUCAGCCCCUUCUCUUUGGACUGAUUGGGGCAGAGGUAUCUAUUGCAUCUCUCAGACCAGAAACUGUAGGUCUUUGUGUUGCCACCCUGGGCAUUGCAGUUCUGAUACGAAUUUUGACUACAUUUCUGAUGGUGUGUUUUGCUGGUUUUAACAUAAAAGAAAAGAUCUUCAUCUCUCUUGCAUGGCUUCCGAAGGCCACAGUCCAGGCUGCAAUAGGAUCUGUAGCUUUGGACACAGCAAGAUCACAUGGAGACAAACAGUUAGAAGAAUAUGGAAUGGACGUGUUGACGGUGGCAUUUUUGGCCAUCCUCAUCACAGCUCCAAUUGGAAGUCUACUGAUUGGCUUGCUUGGCCCCAGGCUUCUCCAGAAAGCUGAACUUCAAAAUAAAGAUGAAGAAGUUCAAGGGGGGACUUCUACACAGCUUUAGAGAUGAAAAGAAAGAAUGCUGAAUAUAAUGAUUACAAAGCUGCUAACUGAGGCUACUUUUAUCAAAAUGGGUAGUGAAAUAUGUAACGUUUAAGUUUAAAAUGUAAUGGAACCAAAAGUGUGGCUAUUUCUUUAAGCAGCAUUUUUAGCCAUUAUCCUUUAUAUGUGGGUGGUGAUGUUCUGCAUCUUCAACCUGACUGCUCUACCUUCUUCUUUUUUUCCAACACUCCUUCAUCAUACAUCUUAAUAUGUAUAGGGAUAUAUACGCUUUAAUGUACUACCACAAUUUAAAAAGCACAUGGGAAAGACUAAUUUCAGAAUCCUGUUCUACUAGCCAACAGCUUUCUCUGACUUACUGCUACUGUCACAGCUUCACUAUUUGUGGUCACCUAACACAUGAGGACCCUAGCUCCUCUUUUUUUGGCUCCUCUGUUCUUCUUUAUUUUCAGAUAACCAUAAUCCAGUGCCUCAUCAGUUUCUACCCUCACUUUCCCUGCUAAUAUGCCUCACCUCCAUUUCACUCUUCUUACUACAUCUGAUUGGUCCCACCAAAAUAUUAAUGUAUGCAAAGUAUCUUCAUUGGUUCUUCCUCUUGCACCUGUCUAGAAUCUAGAUGUUAACUGGAUACAGAGCAUUGAUCAGGCCAACCAAACUUACUCAACCCCAACUACAGAUGGAAACAAUUACUCUUACAUUCAGGUCCCCGAAAGAGGAGUAUAUGUACCCCAUGCAUACUUCUGUCAGAGCACUCAGCACCCCUUUUUGUUGUUUGUUUUUAUAUGUUUGCCUCCUAUUAAAUCAGCCAAUUAGGGAUGGGAUCCUUGCCUUGGUCGUCUGUGAAUACUCAGCAUUUCGCUCAGGGCAUGGCAGAUAGUAAGCAUUUAAUAAAUGUGUAUUGACCGGAUCAGUGAGGGGAUCCUCUUCCACUAUAGAAAACUACCUGCCAUAUAAACAGUUCAGAGCUUAGUCUGCUUGGUCUGACUUAGUCACCUCAGGCUGUCUAACAAAAUACCAUAGACUGAGUAGCUUAAGCAACAGAUGAGUAUUUUCCCACAGUUCGAGGGGCUGAAAGACGAACACAAGGAUGCUGAUGAGAGCUGUCCUCCUGGCUUGCCCAUGGCCGCCUUCUCACUGCAUCUUCACAUUGUGGGGAAAGAGGUGGGGAUGGAGGAGAGUGUGCAAGUUCUCUUGUGUCUCUUCUUAUAAGAGUCCUUAUCCCAUCAUCAGGGUCCUACCGUAAUGACCUCAUCUAAACAUAAUUAUCUCCCAAAGGCCCCAACUCCAAAUACUGUCACAUUGGAGGUUAGGGCUUCAAAAUAUGAAUUGGCGGAGGGAUGGGGGAAUGAGGAGGACAUAGUUCAGUCCAGGGCAGGGGUGUCAUACUUCCAAGGAUGGUGCUAAACAAACACUGAAAAUCCUUGUUCUUCAGUGCUCUUUUUAUUCCUACAACCAGUGCCACUUCUAUCCCCUCUCAGAAGUAUUUUUUUAGAUGGACUGAUCAGGCUUCAGAUCUCUAAGUGAUUUUCACCUUUCAGUAUUUUCUCUUUGGUAUUAAUGCCAAAUAACAUUGACUAGCCUUGGGUGUUCUCAAAAUUUCCUGAGCCAUACAUCUGCAUUUGCAAACAAUCUCAUCCAUUACAUUCUUUAAAAAUAGUAUUGAUUUUUUUUUCUGAUUAUAAAACAAUUUUAAUUACAGAAAAUUUAGAAC